UAGGGAUUUCGUCUAUCUUGUGAGAUAUGUUGCUGUUGCACUUGCUUUUGGAAGCUGAAAACUGGCAUUCCUAAAUGAAAACAACAGCUGGUGGUGCGUAAAUAAGAAAAAUGAAAUGUAAGUGGGCGACAGUACAACUGAGUGUAAAUUUAGGAUGGGUGAAAAUAGAAUUUCCAAUACUGGGAGGUCCUGAGAUGCAAAUAUCGGAACUUCUAAGGAUAAAACCGUCGUUGAAUCACGGAUUGACCAACUGCAACUGGAAUAUGAUAAACAAUUAACCAUGGCCUCAGCAAUGGAACCCAUGCCCUUCAACUCUCUGCUAAUUCUUCUUUUAAUCUCCUCCGCCAGUGUUUCAAUAGAGUCAAAAUCUGAAGACCCAACACCAGCUGCAUGGCCUUCUCAAUUUCACUCAAUUCUCUUCAUGAACACUAGCGCCGGCAAACUCCAAGUGGUGGACCUCUGGUACGACUGGCCCAAUGGCCGAAACUUCAACAUAAUCCAGAAUCAGCUAGGCAAGCUCUUGUAUGACCUCGAAUGGGAUAAUGGCACUUCCUUUAUCUACACCUUGGAUUCGAAUCAAGAAUGCAGAGUCUUGCAUUUUCCGGUAGGCGUUCUCCGACCCAACUGGCUUGAAGGUGCUAACUAUCUUGGUCAGCAAGAAAUUGACGGCUUCCUCUGCAACGUGUGGGAGAAGGUGGAUUUCAUUUGGUACUAUGAGGAUGUCAUAACUAGGAGACCAGUUUCCUGGACCUUCUAUACAGGGAUGGUUACUCAUGUGAUGACGUUUGAGGUCGGAGCAGUGCUGGAGGAUGAAAAUUGGCAAGCUCCUGUUUACUGUUUUAAGGAGCAUGAGAAAGAGAGGAGUACUGUGCUUGAAUCUGUUGCUGGUGAUGGAUCUUCUGGGGGUUUCUCCUUGAUGAGAGCGACAGUGAUAUAGAACCCUCAUCCUUCUGGAAACUUUAAAUAAAGUUGUUGAUUUUAUGAGUGACUGGUUAUCUGUUUGUGUUUGAAAUUACGUCCUGUAAAAUCUAUUGUUUGGGCGUCAUUUGUACUAAAAUUGCCAGAUUCUGAAGUUAACAACAAACGAAUUUCAAUUUUCAAGUAAUAUUUAAAGAUCGAAUUCCCAAA